GGCUUUUAGGUUUCAUUCCAGAUAUGUUGUUAUGGUAUUAGAGCCCGGUUUGAAACCCUACCCGCCACCCAUGGCAGAAAAUCAAACAGCAACGAACACUCAAGCAGCUGCUAACGAGCAGCCAUCAAUUGAUCAACCACCACCAGUUACUUACCAGAUGGAAGAUCCUUACUUCUUUCAUGGAUCAAAGCAGUUAGAGUCAACCUUGGUUGCCGAGAGACUCAACACCACCAACUACGACGAUAAGAGCCGAGCUAUGUUCAACCAGAACCACAAGAGACAGAUCCAAAGCAUGGAGUUUGGAUAAGGAACAAUGUGAUGAUACUUAGUUGGAUACUGCAGUCAGUAGAGAGUGGGAUAAGGUAGACAAUCCUCUCCAAUAAGUCAGCACUUGAAGCAUGGAGGAGCUUGUAGACCAGAUAUGAAUCUGGAGACAUCAUCAGGGUUGCAGAGCUUGAGGAGGCACUGGCCAACCUGAAACAAGGUAACCAUACGAUUACUGAAUACUAUGGUAGAGUCAUUACUCUUAGGAAUGAGUUAGAUAACUAUCAACCACUUAUCCCCUGUGAUUGCACACCUACUAGUCACAAUGACAACAGAGCUAUGAAAAGAGUGAUGGAAUAUCAUUAAAGUAGCUAUUUUAUACAGUUUCUUAGAGGAGUUAAUGAAAACUUCUCUGGAGUUAGAUCACAAGUUCUUUUUGGAGAUGAGCUUCCAGGCAUUAAUAGAGUUUUUCAAAGAAUGCUCCAACCUGAGAGGCAACUUUGUGGAAUACAAACCGGGAAAUUGGUAGCUUCUGUUAUUGCAGAUGUGAUAGACCAUUGAUUGUACAUGUUUUUGCCCCUAUUCUUGAGCCGUUUGAGAUGUUGAUUCUCGUGUUUUAAGCCGAUUUCACGUUAGGUUGUUCUUGUUUGUGAUAUUUCAGAUCCUAGUACGUGAAUGAAGGUUUGGGAAUGAGUUUGGGGUCGAUUGGACGAAGAUUGGACGUUUGGCGAGAAGCUGAGGAAGCCACACGGGCACUCCUAAAAACCCACAAGGCCGUGUGACCUGGCUGUGUGACAUCAAAUUGCAUGGGCAAACUCACACGGGCCAUGUAGGGGACCCCUUGUGGCCGUGUGGAAAUUCCAAGGAACUCAGACGGGCAGCCUGGAAAUCCACACGGCCGUGUGGGUCUGGCCGUGUAGGAAGCCUGAAGUCACUUAACGAAACGCCGCGUUUUGCAAACUCACAAGGGUAGUUGGGAAAGCCACACGACCGUGUGGCCUGGCCGUGUGGUCGAGAAAUUAUGGGUUUUAACCCAAUUUCGAGCCAAAGGAAAGGGAGAGCUGGGUUUUGGAUCCCAAACACCCAAGGGACGAACCAAAGAGAGAGAGGGCGAUUUGAGGGCAUUCUUGGAGUGGAACUGGAGGAUUUCUUCGCCUAGGAAGUUCGUGGAACAAGCCCGGACUUGAAGACUGAUCAUCUGAAGAUUCUUACUGUAGUCUCUCUCUUCUCUAUGGAGUAACUUCCCUUCACUUAGGUUUUGAGGAACCCUAGGUAUGUUUGUUUGAUUGGAUGAUUGUAUGAGUACUCUGACUUGAUAACCUUGAGUUCAUAUUCAAUCUAUGCAUAUUUUCAUGAUUCAAUUCUGCUUUAGUCGAGAUUAUUGAUUCUGCUUUGAUCCUAUGAGAGCAAAUACCUGAUUAGGUCAAUAGAGCACCAUAGAUUGAUAGUAGUGGAUCGAUUGCUUUAGUCGAGGGUUGAUUCGCUGCUUUGUAUCGAUUGAGAACCUCUUUCGAUAGAGGGAGUCUAGUUCAGAACGCCUUGAUCGGUUGUUCUAGAGAAGGAUACGUCCCUCUAGGCAAUUGACUCUAGAGGGCCUUGUUCCUUUAGUCGAGACUCAAGGUCUAGUCAUGGAUUCUCCGCAUUGUGAGUGAAAGUGAAACAAGUUAGAAAUCAUCAAUCAUUAAUCUGGCUAGUGGCUAGGGGGAAUCAUACCUAAGCGAGUUCCCAACCUGUAAUUAGAUUAAGUUUAACUGUAGUUUGCUAGAGUAGUUUUAGUUCUUUCAUCUUAAUCUGGUUUGCUAGAUAAUGAACUGAAACUGAGUAA